AUUGAGACUAACGCUAAAGCGUAUAAAAAUUGCAAUUUAGUCAAUUUUGUAACGGAAUAUGUAGUAUGUCAAUGUGUAUUAUAUUGUGAAGCGUCCUUCAGACACUGUCUGAGUGCGGGGUUGAGAGUCACCGGCGAUAAGGCUACUAGGUGCCGAGAAGCGACGACCGCUAUGUGUUUGUGCUUGUCAAAAUUCAAGGUCAUGUAAGAGUAGAAUUUAUUUCCUUUUUUCCGCUUCGAAAGCUAAUUGCCUUUUAUGGCAAUCAAUCAUUGUUUCAAUUCGUAAAUAGUUUGGUGGUCCUGCUGGUGUUGGAGCAUUCAACUGCGGAGAGAUCAGUUGUCUGUCUACUAUUUUAUCGCCCCUUGAAUCCGCCUUCUGUUGAAAUUUGGCUUCUCACUAAUUUGUAGAAGACAGGACCAGAAUCAAACCCCUCCAAAAAUGACUUAUUUUUUCUUUAGAUAUACAUGAUGCUAACAUCACGGGCAAAAGAAGAUAUGACCGUGUUGUUGCCGAUAUUUUGCAUGUAAAGACACAUUUAUGUGUGACGUCUGUGGCGGUUUCUGAGAAGGUAAACCGGAAGUCAUCAUUGUUUCUGGAAGCGGAAAUAUUGGUCUUAAGAAAUAUCGGGGAAAUACAUCCAUCGAAAAGGUAGUAAGCACCAGCAGUGGGUUAUCGCUGUAUUAGAUCAGUUCACAUCAUGUGUAUGCUACCUUGGAUCCAGUGAAUAAGAAGACACUUCUUCAACUCUUCAGCGAAGCGAGGUAAUCAGUGAGGUGAUAAAAAUAUAACAAUUCAGUAAAUAACCUGUUGUAUUUUGGUGUCUUAAAAUAAGAACUAACAGAAGUAAGAAACGCUUCAAAGCAUGUGACGACAUUCUUCACAACACACAGGCAGGCAUUUUCACCUAUGCUAUUAAAGUCGCAUCAGGAUAUAUACCGAUAAAUCAAAGUAUACAAUUUUUGUGAUAAGUUGAAGUGCCAGUAGUAUUGAUGAUGUCUUAUUAGCGGGUGCAAUGUCAGUCCACGCGGAUGCGUCUUAACAUGCAGAAUUACAUGAUUGGCCUUGAACUUGAGAGAGAAAUGAGACAGCUAGGCAGUGAUUCGUCAUUAAAAUAAAUCGUCGAUGCUAUAUCUCUGUAAAACCAAAGGCUUUGAAAAAGCGUCGCAAAAUAAACCGAUUUCGCGCAAAAGACAAUUGUCAGUAUAUGGAAAUGGACACACGCAAGGUGAAACCUAAUGGAAGUGUUAAGAGAGUCUUGAGGAAAUAUAUCGACUCAUUGCCAUUGCAGCAAUAUAUACAGUAUAAGGCUAUAUUAUAGCUACUUACAAUGAUCGUAAAAUAAUACGUACACAAAUAGAUAAUAAACUGCAAAGCGACUUAAAAAAUCACUGACUACCAACAACCAAUACUUAAAAGGAAUAAGACCUUGAGAGCGCUUAGUCUUACAAAUUCAGAGCAGAUGGUAAAGCCGCUCAGUUAUGUUUAGUUCAAGGUACGAGUUAGAACUUGUUUUCUUUCUAAUAAAGACGUCUUCCUGUCUACGGCUGUGUCUACAGACAUUAUGAAAUUUUAUCCCAUGCAUAAAGAAAAGAGCCAAUCAGAAAGCAAGAAAACCAUAAUAUUCUGCAGUAUGCAACGAGUAAUACCGAAAACAUGAAUACCGGCGGUGCAGGCCUUUAAGUUUUCCCGCCAAAAACAAGGCAGAUUACAGACAACUAAACGUUUCAUAAAAAAAUUACCAGAAGUAAUUUUAAACAAAAUAGAAAAAGCCGAGUUUUAACCACCAUUUGGACGGUUAGGAAGACUAAGUUAAAUUAGUAAUACAAAAGGAAAUCAAACAGACUUCAACGGACAAAGAAGUUAUGGAAUUUAUUAGCCGAUGGCAACAAAAACAAACCAGAUGGAUCCACAUUUCAAAACAAGCCUACUGAAAUCCCAACAGAAACGUUCGACAGCAGUGUUUCCAUUUUAUCCAGGAUGCAGGACAAAUUGUACAGAGAUGAAUAGGAACUCUAUUCAUUGACUUGAAGUUGUCGAUCAUUUGGACAAGGUUGUUUAGAGGUUACUUGGACUAUUAAAUCUGUUUUCUUUGAGUUUACCGUGAUGUCGAGAUGUUUCCAUUUUCGGUCGUCAUUAUUAGUGGCAUGGAAUGAAUUAGUUAUGCGAAACUUCAUGUCGUAUACCAUGAAAUGUCUCACUCGUCUCUUGAUAUUUCUAUUUGUAUACAUACUCGCCCAAAGGCUCGUGUGUACAGUCAACUCUCUCUAAGACGGACACCUUUGGGACCGGCACCAAGUGUCCGUCUUAGACAGGUGUCCGUCUUAUAAAGAGUCAAAUAAAGGGAGUAACGAAAGGCACGGACCAACUCUAAGUGUCCGUUUUACAGAGGUGUCCGUCUAAUAGAGGUGUCCGUUAAGAGACAGUCGACUGUAUACUAAGAAAGAUCCAGUCCCUCUUGGGAUAUUUCACUAUUCCACUGAAAAGAAUUGCAGUUGCAUAACUAGUGUUAAUAGAACAAAAAAUUAACUGAAUCGAAUAUAGAUUUACGAUUUGUAAAAACUACAUUGAUUGCGUAUUAAGUCUACUGUCGAUAAAUUUUGCAGCUAGCAACACAGCGGCCUAUAUAAAUAGAGUUUGACGAUUGUUAAAUUUCAUUCCAUUAAGCCAAUAAAAUUCUAACUGUAUUGUUAGUUUCUUCGUUCCAUAGAAAACGCAGUGACUUAAUUAUGUGAUAAGUUAAAGGCAAAGCAAGUGACUGAUUUUAUCGCUUUUUUCAGGAACUGCAGACUUCAUUUUCUGUCCCAUCAUGUCGUCCUAAAAACUGAGUUAUAAGCAGAUCAAGAAUUUACCUUUUGUAUCAGAAAUGUUAAUUGCUUGGGAAAAAACUUUGAGAUCUCAGUUGCAAGAUGAACCCUAUUCAGACCUGAGGGGGGAGGGGGGGUGUUUGAGGUCCCCUCCACCUCACUAAAAAGUUGAACAAUAGUGUAAUAAUAAUAAUCAAAUUUUAUCCCGAUUAUCUCAAUUUAUACGGGUUUCAAGUAAAAUGUAAUACAUUUAAUUAAUUUCAAAUGGCGAACCCAAGAUAACGAACGGUUCCAGAUUCUUCUUUUUAAGAUAAUGAAUGACGUCGUCAUAACAUGACUAUAGUGUGUUAGUCAACUUCUUGAUUUUAUCAGACACCUUACUUACUAUUUAAGGUUUUUUUUGCUUUAUGACUAUUUUGAGGGGGAUUUGAAUUCUGCCGAUAUAUCCACCAAUAUGAUGUCAUAAUGGAGUCACAUUACGUCAAUAUGUCAAUCAAAUUAUGCUUAGUUGUUGAAAAUCAUGGUAACAUUUAUUUAUUCUGUGUAAUUUUGGAGGCCGUAUCUUUAGCGGUUUUCAAUUCAAGUUAUAGAGGGGAGUCUCCAAAGCCCUACUCCGGUCGCAGGAAGUAAAAAAGCCCUGUCUGAGUAGGGUCAAAACUGCAUUCGGCCCCCGGGAUUCGCCCCGAAUGUAGAAGUGGAAAGAUCCGGUGGGAUCAAGACCAAACUAGAAGGAAGGGAAAUCCUUGCCCCUAUCGUGAACGAACAAUGCUCUGCAUCAUUAACAAUGUGUUCAUGUCAGCUGUACAUUUGGUAUGAAGUUGUUGAAGAGUACAAUUGGGUUCCGUAAGCGGCGAUGAGGAACUACUUUACAAAACGACAAAGGAUAAUCAGAGCUAAUUCACGAAUUUAAUAACUUCUAGAUCUCUUCGUAAUCGGUAAUCCUCACUAAUUAAACUUUAUCCGUCUGCCUCUUGGUGAGACCAUCAAGUUAAGCAAAUCACCGCUGAAAAAAUAGCCUGCUGCUUCGCGGGUCCGCACAAUAGCAGUUACUUUUAUGGGACAGACAGUCUGUCGACCAAGCUCGAAAGCGACCUGAGCAGGCUUGUGAAAGCCCAUUUGAACAGUGACUUUACUAAGCUCAGUAGUGAAAGCUCUCGUAAACGACCGCUACCAAAAAAACCCUGACCGUAACCAUUUUUUUGAAUCGCCGGUUGGUCUUUCCUUUGUCUUUAAGCUCUCGUAAGCGACUACUUAGAUGAGACCUGAAUAUAAGUAUCAUUGAACUGGUUGAUAAAAUUUAGGGUAAUACAUAAGAUAAGCGCUCAUUGCUCCAGCGUCAACUUCGAAUGUGAUAAGUAAAAAAAAAAAACAAUUAAGUCAAGAUCUCAUCUAUUAUUUUUCUUGCAUCAACUAGCAACACUGAAAGAAUUCUGUCAUAUCGUUAUCUUCUUUUCAUACAUUUACAACAUAAAUGAAUAUUCUGAGACUUCGCCACAAUAAUUGAAUACGUGCGAGUGUAUCGUGUAUAAAAGUACUUUGGACGCUGUGGUCACGUGGUGAAAACACGUGUUAGAAACAAAGCGUUGUGGCGGCCUUGUGCUGCGAUCUUUUAAAAGUAUAUGUCAACUCUGUGGACUGUCUGGAUACCUAGAUUUUGUUUUUAAUCACUAAUAAUAAUGUCUAUGAACCGUAAGCAACGGGGACUGGCAUUUAGAGGAACGAAUCUUCAAACUGCAGUCAGGCAAGUCAUCUGUAUGCGAGUUCUCGCGACUAUCAAAUGUAAGUACAAUAGUGUCUGAUUUUUCCUUCUAUCCUUCCUUUCCUUAUAAUCUAGUAAAGAAAUGUUUAAACCGCUUCGCACUUAGGUAACGGAAUUUAAAUAUAUCCUCUUUCAAAGAGUAAUUGACGGAAAUAUACCCUGGGUGCCAGAGACUUUUCUAGCGCGGUUUCCGGUCUCUGUCAAGUCUUUAUAGUGACCGCGAAUCGAAUCCUGACCUUUGCGAUUGAUCGGAUGCAAUACUAAUGGUGGAAAUGACAUGCAUGAAUGGAACUAAUUAUAUGAAAUGACUCGAUCAUAUGUUGAACGAUGACCGGCAGUCCUAUAUAUUCUCAGUAAAUUUCACAAAUCGAAAAAACAAGCUAAUCUUAACUAUAAUAUAUCGAUUAAGGAAAGUCAAGCGCUCCUGAAAUGCUUUAUAAAUCUCAAGUGUAGCGUUUGCCUUGCGCUGGGCUCAGAAACGAAACCAUGCUUUGUGACACUUAGAACUUUUUUCAGGUCGACGGUCGGGCAGUCCGGUAUUUUCAAUAAAUUUGACUUAUCUAAGAAUCCCAAACGAAGCGAAAGAAUCGACGCUGAUGAGCUCUCGAAAGCGUCAAGUACAGGUAAUGAAAUUUUAGCGUGUGAUGCUGCGUUAUCAAAAAAAUUUUUGUAAAGGAACGCGAUCUGGGCAUGCGCAAUUCCGUUUUCGGAGUACCACAAUGAUUGAGAAUACCAAUUUGUCUUAUAUAUAUAUACAGUUUCAACUAUUCUUCUCAAAAAGGUUUGCAUCAAAUGCGCGGUAAAAAGGACGAUUUUUGCACUGCAAAAUACUUCCAAAGGCGCAUUAUUUCCCUCAGUUUUCCAUCUGUAGUCCAGUAAUGGACGCCAUAGUUGCGAAUGACACGUUUCGGUCGGACAAAGCUUCACAACUCCAAACCUCACCGAGUCGCCAUUUUGUUUGUUGCUACAACUCCAGAGAUGCUUCACGGGAUAUAAACUAGGUUCCAGGCAUUCAAAAACCCUCGAUUAGCCUACCAGGCUUGGUUUUAAAACAAAAUUGUCACGAAAAUGUCACGAAAGGUACAUCCGCGUACUGUUUUGUCGCUAUCAGCCGCUCGGCCGAUUAUAAACCUAACAUUUUCUUGCAAGGUGUUUUAUUCCAGCUUUUUUCUUCGUAAAACAGAUCCACAGAGCUCAAAUUACUUAAAAAAUCGCAGGGGAUACGCUUUCCCUGACUACGAUCGUUUUUGUCUGUCAUUUUGAAAAUGAGAUUCCGCUGACAAUUAAUCACGGGCGCGAAAUGUCCACGAUUUCUGGCAAUGUAGUGGAAACAAUAGUAAGUAGUAGAACUAUCAUUGUUUUCUGGGAAAUGGUAGUUAUUAUUCAUCGAACUUCGCAAAAUCCAAGAAAUUGUUGUAAAAGGGUUACAAGAGUUUACCUGUGAAAAAACAAACACGAUGAGGAAUGUUAUUACACGAAUUACUAAAUGGUCAGCGGUUUUAGUAGAGAGGCGAGAAACCCAACACGUCGAAUGUUUUUGUUUCAUUUUCCGAGAAAACUGACUUUUAAAUUUUCCUAGAAAAUUUUAUUUGUCUGGGCAUAUAGUGUAGACACAAGUUUUAUAUCGCUAUACGUCGAUCUCUACGUUCGUAUAUAAAUAAAACUGCGGAUUUGGUCGGUAAGUACAGUAUGUAGCUGCAGUAUGCUAUAAGAUUAGUUAAGUUUUAAUGAAAUCAAUAAACCUUUCCGCACGGCAUAUUACAAAUUUCUUUAUGACUUUGCAUUUUAGAAAAUAACGGACAUUCAACUUGAAGUAGCUCAGAAAGUUAUUCAAAUUUUAUCUCUUUUUUUUCGAUUCUUUCCCAUGAUGACAACUCGAAGAUAAAAUUCAGGUCCUAAAUAAGUAGUGCAAGUAUUUCAUAGGCGGCUUGUCAAAUCGAUAAAGUUGUGCUGCCACCGAGAACUGCUUUUGACUCACAGUGGACAAGGAGUUUCCGGAGGUUUUGAUAAAACGUCCUUGUUAACCCGUUUAGACUGAUUUAUAACUUCCAUAUCAAUUCAAUUACCUGACGCCUAAAGUAGAUCAGAGUAGGAUAAGUUCAAUGCAACCAAUAAUUGUAGUCCGUCUCCGCUUCGUGUAUAGCCCAAGUGAUAGAAAAGAAAGAUCUAUUUUUCAGCAUUUUUUAGGCGGUAUUUCCGGAUCCUUUGUGGUUAAAAUAUAAACGCUUUGAAUACAAAAUGAGUCUUCAAAGCUGACAAUUCUAUUUUUACGCUAUGUUUUAAUUCCAGUGCUUAACUGUAGCUCCAUCAGAAUAGUUAAUUCAGUCGGGCCGUCGCCAUGACCUAUGGCACCAUGUUUAAUGGAUACGAAAGUUUUGUUCGAACUAGAAAAGACACAGUGUGAAAGAAAUUAACAUUCUCCAGGUAUUCACGGUGUAUUUUGAUGUCUAAUUUUUGAAAUUACAACGGCCUAAGGCAUUUCGAAUGUAACUGAGAAGCACUUACAAAAACUGCCCGGACGUCAGUUUUACCAACUAUAUGUCAAAUGGUCGCUUGAAACACUUGUCGCAAUUCGAGCAUUGAACUCGAAAUUUAUCGAACUUACCGAAGGAGUUAUUGUCAACUGAGAACAAAAUGAUACAACUAUUUGUUGACGUGAUAUUGAGGUUGAAUGUAGAGAAGUGAGUCUGACAAGUGCAACUAUUCGUGUUUUUGCCGUCUUAGCCAUCAAGCUUAAUGAUAUAACUGCCUUGUUUUGGAAAUGUAUACUUUAAACUUCCAAAAUAUAAUUGCAAUUACGCUUUUAAUUUUCAUAAUUUGUUUUAUAGGGGCCAGAGUGAAAUGGAGCCAUUUCUUUCUCUUAUGGCAGUGAGUACUUUCCCUUUCACCACCGUGCUAGCCUUCCUGCUUCUUCUUCUUCGCCUUUAGUAUUCGACACCAAAUUAAAUUGGACUUGAGCCAUAGAUGGUUGGACAGCCAGUUCCUACCCCACAUUUCUUUGCUUGACUACCUACUUCAGUAUUUAUUAUUCCCUGUAUUUUUUUGUUUUUACUGACAUGAUUUCCGAUUUCUUUAAGUUAAUUAAAACAAUUUUUGAAAAAAAAAAUUAUAAUAAUUUAUAAAACUUCAUGGUGUUAUCAUUUUAUCUUUCUUCAGAAUCCAGUUUUUCAUCACCAUUUUGCAAACGGAAACAUAAAGUUUCAAAUGCAGGAUUUUAGUGGAGCAGUUGAAGAUUUUACUCACGCAUUACAUGCAAUGAGAGAUACUUCGACUUGGAAAGUCAAUGCACUAAUAAGAAGGGCACAUUGUUUCCUUUUUUUGGUGAGUUUCCAGCUUUGAACUCGUCCUUGCGGGUACAAAAUGUUUAUAUUGAAUUGGCUUGGUUUGCUUUAUCGGAAUGAAUUUGUAGUUUACCAUCAGUAAGAAAGCGCAGUUAUUUGUUGAGCUUAUAUAUAAAUCCAUUCCUAAGCUGAGACCAUACUGGCUCUUAAAACUGAGAUUUCGUACCAGCAAUGACCAGUAAAAAUGUAGAGAGCUCUUAAAAGUUCAUCUCGCAUUUUUCAGGGCAGUUGAACGUGGUGAUUGCUAAGUUUAAAACUUAACGUCAAAUCAGUAUAAAUAUAUGUAAGUUUUUGUACCUAUAAAUUGCAGAAGGUGUAAAAACACAUAUUAGAGCCUGACGUGUUCAAAAGUAUAAUUUGUAUCUCAACUUCUGGUUGAUAACCAUGGCAAUAAUCUUGUUUUGACUAUAUAGGGUCGAUUGGACACUUCCUUACAGGACAGCACAGAAGGUGGGUGCCUCGACAUGGGGGAAAUUGCAUUUAAAUGAAAACUUUAAGGACAUUAAAAGUUAUCUGUUUAGCGCAAAGCCACGAUUUAUCUUUCUAUAUUUCAUUUCAGCCUUAAAUCUCAGCAAGGAGAUAGAAUUUCAGGAUGGCAUUUUCUGCUCUCUUAUCCUCAAAAUGCGAGCUCUUGAGAAACUUGGGGAUGUUCGCGGUGCUUUCGAAGUGGCCGUGUCGUUGAAGACAAUCAAUUUUAAGGUAAAUUUGCCAACCAGGGAUCGCACAUGUUACUUCAAACAAAAAUUCUCAGUAUAUGUGCAAUAUUAUUUUCAGAAAGUGAGAGCAGAUGUUGGGAGGCUGAGAGAUACGUUGGGACGUAUUUUUGAAGAGGUUCGUUUUUACUUUUUUUCGCUUUAAAUAUUACAAUAAAGGAUUGAUAGAAUUUGGGCUCAAAGUCAGUUUUCUGUAAGGAGACAACGAGCAUAAUUUAUUCAAUCAGUUUCCCAGGCGAAAAGGAUAGUCUUUACAGAAGUACGACUUCAACAACAAAGUCUAGUUACUACAAGGAAAUGGCGAAGAAUCCCAAAAUAAACCUUUCGUCAAGUUUAUUGUUGGUUUUCACAUGACGUCACUAAAAUUCAAACUAAAACACUAUCGAUCCUAUCGAGUUUUUACUUUCAUGAUUCAUUAGUGCAGCUGAAAACUAAUUUUCAUACAAAUUUUCCCUUUCAACAGGGUUCUUGGUGUUGUGAUAGAGUACGCUUGAAUUUCUAAGCUUUUGCAUGACGCGGCAUUUACAUGAUGGCCAAGAGAGCUGUCAUGUAGGUUAAAAGAAUGACUUAUUUCGGGAAAUUUUGCUAUCUAAACAGUUCAUGUAUUAGAAAAAGUAUUACUUUAAUGUUUAUUAGUUUCUCAAAGAAUAAAUUCACGCUUUUGUAGCAAAACUCUGUAACAGAUGUUUCUGUUGGUUUCCGUCCGCCAUGUUGGAGCUCUUCCAGGUGAGCACCAUGCAGCACAGCGUCUCCAUACAAAUCUCUAUAAAUUUGGGUAAAACAUUUCUUCGGAUAUCUCGUAUACGAAUUACUCCUCUGACCUGAAUCUUGGCGAGGGUCUUUGUAUAUGUACAUCCUUUCAUUUCCCAGAUUCUAUUGAGCGGUUUUGAUUUUUAUUUUGAUCUAUUUUGAAUGGCGUGACACUGAAAACCAGCAAUUCUUUUAAAGUCGCAUUUACUCGAACAAAUUAUUCUCAAAAGGCUUUUCCCUUUGUGCGCGAAAAAUUGAUAGUCAUGCCAUUUAUUUUAGAACAAGAGCUGUGUUAUUAAUAAGUAUUCUUGGCUCUUUUUUGUUUGGUAGGAUAGAACUGGUAUUGACGAAUUGAGAGAUAAUCUUCUGUCCACUGGAAUUGACCUUUUUACUAAGAAGCGUAUCAAAGAAGCCUCUGAAUACUUUAUUGAGGUUGUACGGGUUGUUUGUAAAGUGCAAUUUGUCCCAGAGGCUUAUAUAUACAAAGCCAAGUGUCACUUAGAACUGGUAAGUAAUAGCAAGCAUUUGUCGGCUUAAUAACAAUUUGAAAACAGGACAGCUGUUUAGUUUUUGUGUAAAAUACAUCAACGCCAUCAAACAUGUUGCAUUUGGGGUGUUGUGGUAACGUUGGCUCACCGCAUACGAGAACAAAAGGGAUUGAAGUAUUAGACGUGUGAUGAAGCGCUAAAGGCGAUACAAACCUAACACAACUUUUUGACAAUCCUACAAAAUACUGCCGCCAGAUGAACUUGUAUUGAAAACGCGUAUCCCGCUAUGAUUCCCCCACCACCACCACCCACCCUGGUCAAUGUUGUUCAGUCGGAGGAAGGGCAAAAUUUUUGUUAUUGACAGAUCUUGAAACUAGACAUGACUACGCCCAUUUUUGUUAACAUUUUUGUCCAUCAUUGUAGCUAAUAACGAAUUCAUCCCCUUGGUAAAAGCAGCCAGUAUCCAUUACUUUUAACUUACAUUACAAUAGAGGUAGCUAUAGAUUUGAAAAACAAGGACAUAUUAGCCAGAAGUUUUGAAGAUCAAUAGUUCGUUAAUGUAUUACCGGCUUGCUGGGUAGCCUUUUCCGGGCGUUCAGACGGUAGACCGCGGGAAAAUGAAUUCACAAUUCACAAAGCGAAAAAAAAAAUGAAGGGGAGAAUAGAAAAAGGGGAAGUUCCCUCGCUCUACCAUCUGACCGCCGCGCUCUACCAUCUGAACGCCUCGAACAGGCUAGUUGUUUAGUAUUAGCCUUCAUGAGUUUUCUUAGCCUAAGAAAACAGCCAACGUCUCGCGACGCCACCUCUAGUUUCCCCACGAAAAAACGUCUGACAAACGAGCGCAGAAAUUACAUACCGAUGACGCGCCGCUUCUCAGAUCUGGGUUGUGCUUCUGAUUGAUUUAAGCAAAUUUCCCGCGCGGCACGACCAGUCAGGAGCACUACCCAGAUCAGACGUCAUCAAUACGGAAUUUCUGCGCUCGUUUCUCCGAAACGGGGAAACCAGUGGUGCCGUUGCCAAAUGUCGGCAUGGUUUCUCAGGCUAGAGUGUUAUCGCUACCACUUGAAUCAGUUUUGAGUAACUGAUGUUCCUUUAGGGCGAGUACCAAGAUUCCAAGGAUUGCUGUUUGGCUGGUAAGCGGACUAUCAUAUCUUAUUGCGUUGAGUUUCUUAAAGGUCCUGCAAAAUAAAGAAUUGAAAAUGGUUUACUUUCAAUUAAUCUAUUGAAAUAAAAGACCCUUUAAUUAAGUGACCAGCCUGCUUCAAAAGUUAUUGACAACAAACUUGCAGCCACCAUGCCUUUAAGCAAUCAGUGGUAGCACGAAAUUUGCCGUCACGAAAAGAGAAACCUCCAGACGUCAAUAACUAUUUAUAAGAGAUCGAGUUACUUUCUGCUGGUUCACUAAAUUGUCUCCUAGCCGAGUGCAAAUAAUUUUACCUAAUUCUCCCAUUCCUCCUCACACUUUUACUUCUUUUCGUCAGUUUUAAAAGAAGAACCUGCAAAUGAGGAAAGCAAUAGCAUCCUUGAGAAAGUCACCUCCAUCAUCGAUAAAGAGAAUGACAACAAGAAGGCCCCGAAGAGGAAGUCUGCAAAAAAGGUUUACGUUGUCUCUUAAAUGAUAGUAGACUUACAAGUCUUACAACAAAUGACAAAAACAAUAUAUAGAUAGGUCAAUACAAUUUUCUAUAAACAGUGGAACCUCUCUACAACGGACACCAUGGGGACAGGACAAAGUGGCCGUUGUAGAGAGGUUUAAAACAAGACUCAAUGUAUCGCUUUUUUGUCCCCCGGGACGAACCGAAGUGGCCGUUGUAGAGAGGUGUCCGUUAGCGAAGGUUCGACUGUACAAUAUUUUCUUCAAGCUAAUACAUGAUCCUUAUUCCAUUAAUGUAACUCCGUCGGAGCUAGCAUAUUUCGGUAACUAAGUGCCAAUUUAUAUAAACGAAUAAAUAAAUCACCGCAUAAGAAAAAAAAACUGUCUCACAAGGUCCGGUUCAUACGUAUCAUUUCACAUGUGCCGAAUGCAAAUAACGAGAACAAUUAAAUUCGGUACCUAUGAAAUGCGACGUUUGAACCGGAUCUGAGUCACCAAAACCAGACGUAAUGACAUGGACAGUAAAUCUAUAUAUUUUUUUUUAUUUUUAUUGACUGACUGAUGCAAUAUUUGAUUGACAGUUUGUCUGAUUGGCAGAUGGUAAAAUAUGAAAUCAGUAUAUAGAUCUAGCUGAAUGGUUAUUACAGUAACGCUUAUCUUAUUGUAACAGAUUCAUUACCAUUUCAGAAAUCUAGCACCACAGUCCCUGUUCAACCCAGCAUCCCUGAAAAGAAGCCGGUAUGCGAUUUAUCCUUCUUAAAAUGAUCACCUGGAUUAAAAAAUAAACCUCAUAACUAAACAUUGCUUUUGGCCCUUUUGCUUGAAAACGCUACUUAUAGUCCAGUCAUUUUGUGGUUGGACUCGGCGCUUUCUCUUCGCCUAUCAUUUAGGAUUAGACUAUAGAUGAAUAUAGAGCAUGGUAAGAUUGCAAAAAUUCGACAGACCUCAUUUAUUAUGGACAUUUCUGGUCCCCUGUAACCUGGUCUGUGAUUUCCUUUUCCCUUUAUAAAAGGAAAUCAAAUACAUUUAGCUGUCAAAAAACUGUAAAUUAGACCGACAUCCGGCCGUAUGAUUGUCAUCCGAGAUCAAAAAUCACCUUAAAGUCUUACUAAAAGUACAGCACAGCUUCAUUAGCUUCCUUAACAAAGUGCAUAUGGAACUUUAUCACAGUACAGAGUAACCGUUGAAUGUUAAUCGUUAACAUUGCGUAAUUUUUAAAACCUCUAUUAAGCGGACACCCUCUAUUAAGCGGACACUUGGGAAGGUCCCGAAGGUGCCCGCUUAGUAGACGUUUCACUGUUGUAGAAUUAGUAAAUUUUUUUGCUAGUCCAGGUGUAUCCCUAUUAGUGUUUAUAAAACAUCGGUGUAUCCUUCCACCGUGCAUGCAUUGUAUUUCAAGAUAUAUAAGUACUUGGGGAAAAUUAAGAGAGUACUUAAAUGAAGUCGCAGGACGAUCACCCAUCUCAUGAAAUUCCACACGAGAGCCGUGCAAAUUUUCGAGUUCCUGAGCGACUUUGUGACGUUGAAGGUGGCGCCGCAGUUUGUUCUAGAAAUAGCACACUUUGCUUUUCGAUGGAACCGCGUGGUCCCCUCGCUUGCGGUCUCCUACCCCAAUUAUGGCUCCUGAUAAAGACGAACAUUUGUUGUGAUACAUGUUUCAUUGACAUUGGAGUUACCAUGGCAACGUAAUGACGCCAUCACGUUUUUUACUUGCCUUUGUAUUUCUCUUGUCAAAAAUCUCUCAAGGUGGCUUGUACCUCCCUUCACUUCCUCGAUUAUGACAAAGUUUGAACAAUUUCUGUGCGAGCAUUUUAGAAAUAUUUUGGAACGAAGUUUUAGGGACAAAAAGACAGUCAAUAACCAUGCAAUCAGAAUAACUGGCUAAUAUCUAAAGAAUAUGAUGAGGUCUGGAAAAGCAGUUUUAUCUUAUAGUGGUUUGAUUCCAUUUGAAACUGCAUGAGUAAGGAAAAAGAGGGGGAUUGCUUUGGCUGAUUUUUAGAAAGAAGAAGUUGAUUAGCCUACCUUCAGUUGCUUUUGUUAUCAUUUUUGUAUGCAAUUUGGUCCACGCCUUUCAAUUUUAUGGUAGUUAAGAAACCGCUUGAUAUAUUUUGUUUUAAAAAAUUGACAAUAGAGAGAUUGGCUACUAAGGCAGCUCGAAGGAGCGCUCCUAAUCACUAGUUUAUAUUGCCUCCAAGUUUGGAAGACAUUGAAAACAAGGAAGGCAGUGAAAUUGGGUUUCCAAUGUCACAAAUUGUUCCCUCAUGUUUUGUGUUAACAAGUGGGCGUCCUCAUUACUGUACUGGCAUUAUUUUAGUUUUAGAUGCUCCUGCACAAUUUUAGCAACAUAUAUUUUGUAUUCAAAAGGGCCCUUAUAUGCUGAAUCCACAUGCGACGAUGACCGUUCAAUGGGACCAAUUAUGUUAAUUUUUUCUCCAGUAGAUAACCCAUUAAAACAUAAAAACAUUAACUUCCAUAUAUUCUUUACGUUUAUCGUUUUAAGUGAUUAUAUUACAAAUAAUGUCAAUAGCAAAAGCGUUAAAUUAUGUAAGACGGCUUUUGACAGGCAUCGUUUCCACACUGCAUCCUAAACAAAGGUCUUCGGAUGGUCCCUGAUCCUCCCAAUUAUAAUCCCUGCUGGGACUUUUUAAGAAUUCCGAUAUGUUAAUAAGUAUAGUUUUCUGAGUCUAAAAUAGUUGCAACAUCGUCCGUUUAAAUUGGUUCUAGGUUAACCUACUUUUUUCCACAAAAUCAUUGGCACAUUGAGGAUAUAUUUUAGGUCGUUUAAGUCCCGAUAAUUAACAGGCCCGAUAAGCCACUUACAGCUGUUGAUGUUUCCAUUCUAGAUAGAGGUUUCAAUAGGAAAUCCUUUCAUGAAAACAUAAAUAUAGAAAUAUUAUCAUUAAAAUGAAAUUGCCGAUUUUUUCGCACAGGCAAUGAAUAAGAAGCAGAGGAAAAAUGAAGAGCUGCGGCGGAAAAAGGUUUAUAGUCAUACAUUUUCACUGUAAAAAGUUGCGCUUGUUUUAAUUUUUUUUGUACACAUAUACAAAACAUCAGCUUCUAUUUAUGUUGUUUCUUUCAAUUUUUUAUCUAUAGGCUAUGCUUUAACAAUAGUAUAUUGUUUUAAAUAUGAGACUCUCUCGCUGGGCUAAUUUUCUGAGAGGUACAGAAAAAGAAAAAAAAAUCAUGUAAAAAAAUCAGAAGCCACCAAAAACGUUUCUACACUACAACCUGAAUUAACACUGUCUUACAACUUUUCUAGAAAGUAACGAUAAAAAGACAAGAUUUUUUUGACUUACUGAAAUGCAGGUGUACAUCUGUUGAACUUUUUCAGGAGAUGGAACAAAUCAGGUUGGAACAUGAGGAAAAACAAAAUGCCAAAGAACGAGAAAAACAAGAAAGGCAACUCCAAAUCGAGGUAAUAACAUAAUGUACAAUAACGAAUGCAGCAGUGUUUCCUUCAACGUAUCGGAGACUGCCUAAUAUGCAUGCAGUUAUAUUUUUUCUUGACCAAAAAACAAAAAUCAGCUCUUACAUUCCAGUUUUUGAGACGUCUCACGGACUGGUGUCACAAUUAAAGGUUUUCGUUUUUAAUCAGGACUUUUUUUGAUGAAUCGUAAUCUCACCACUCUUCCAUUUAAUGUCUUAAUGAGUGUAUAAAAAAUUACUUAGAAAAUGAUUUAGUCGUUUCCCUUUCGCAUGGUAAAGGUUACCAACAAAACUUUUGAAAGACUCCCUUUCGCAGUGGCGAAGUUGACAAGAUCCUCGACUCGGUUAUUUCUGUCACCACAAUCGAAGACGCUUAUUAGACAUUUUUCUUCAUCUUUAAAGUCACCCAUGAUGAUGUUGAAGUGGGCUUUGUUGCUUUGCAUGGCUUUAUAAAGGUCGUCAUAGAAAUUGUCCAGUUCUUCUUGACUGGAGAAAGGACGUGGGAGCGCAGACCUGGAUGAGCUUGUAUCGAAAGUGCCUCGAAAUGAGGAUGGAGACUGAGGCGAGACGAUCAGAGGUGGUCGGAAUUCAACGCUACCGCUAAGCUUAUGGUGAAUCAAAGAGCCUACACCUCCCUAUUUCUUGCCUCAUUAGGGACCAGUCAUAAUUUAAGUUGGAGGGGGGAGUGGAGGAGAAAUUAUUUUUUAUUCCAAAUUUUUUCCAGACCCCCACUAAUAGCACCCAUGUUUUUUAGGUACCCCCCUUCAAUCAUGUUAAAAGAUUUAAGGGCCCCCCUUUCUUAUACAUAAUACCCAAAUGGUAAUAACGAAUAACAUUUUCUUUACUUUACCGUUCUUACUCACUGCCACUUCCGAAUGUGCCAACUAACAACAGAGAAGCACUUCACACUAAACUGAGAAAGAGAUUUCACCUAGAGCCUCUCAAACAGCUUUUAGAGCAAGGAUAUAUCAGUGAUUGUGUUAUAAUUGAGAUAAGACAAGCCAUCGAAAGGUGAGAGGCCGAAAGGACCGCUUCAAGGAAGAAAGAAGACAAUCAGCCAAAGCUUACUGCUUUUUAUAUGAGCAGUACAUGCUCUAAUAGCGAAAAACUUGACGGUGACACAGACAGUGAGUCCGCAUCAACCUCAUCUACAAAUAAUGAUUCGGAUAGUGAGAUUGCAUAACAUGACUUUAUGCAUGUAAUCAUUUGUUAAAAUGCCGAUGAAAUUGUUUCAGUGUUACACAAUAAUGGAUGUUGUCAAAAGGUUGAGUUUGAUCGUCCGGAUGAACGUAGUCCUGAAUAGGACUGUUGUUGUUGACAGUGACUGACGUUUCGACAACCUGUGCGGUAGUCAUCUUCAGAGUCAAAGUGUUGAUGCACCUACUAUUUGAGCAUUAAAUCUUUUUGUAAAAAUGCUGAUUAAAUUGUUUUAGUAUUACACAAUAUAGGGCUUUGUGUAAAACUGAAUCAAAAUCAGGUCCUUUAAUACUCAAACAUCAUGCUGCUCAGUAGGGAUGCUACUUAAAAGAAACUUGAAGACCCCCCAAGGUCAUCUUUUGGCAUUUCAAGGCCCCCUAUAUUCCAUCCCAAAAAAAUUGAAGGCCCCCCAAUUUCUCCCCCCCCCCCUCCAACUUAAAUUAUGACUGGUCCCUUAAAGCAUUCUGCGUUUGCUCGGAAGCAAUCACAUUAUUGCUUUAAAGGAAGUGUAGUUCAACAACGAGUCCGGCAAGAUUCAGUUAUAUUUAGUCGAGCUGGCUUAAGGAGAGCGAGACUAAAAAUGUAGGCUUUUGUUUUUUUUUGUGUGGGCACAAUAGUAGGCCAUGCUCCCAAUAGUUCCUAGCGGAGACCGUGGAAACUGCGAAUACGAGUCGUGACAACCUUCAUUGUAUGCAAAUGAGUCUUCGUGAGGAGUAUGCGGUUUACUUUCAGCGAUGACUGAAAUGACGCAUUCAUUAAGUUGAUCACGUUUUGCCUGUUUGGCUGAAUGAUGUAAUUUUUCCUGAAUCGAAGCCCUUGAGUUUCGUGUAAUUAUGCAUGCCUAUUAAAAAGUAGAAGAAUAUUCGACGGACAAGAUAGUAAGAUAAGAAAAUAUAUUAGCGGAAAUCCUGUUUUGUGGUGUAUUUGUUGUAUGUAUUUAAUUGAUCGAUUUUCGCAGUUGAUAAGAUGUUUAGUCGCGUUGCACUCUAAAAAUAGUUGAGAUAUCAAUGAUUUAACCCUCAACUACUACAAAAAAGCAACUUCAACUACCCCUCUGACGUUGCGUAUGUGUCAUGGAUGUGUUUAUACGGGUACCUUUGUUCUUGACAUUCACGCACUCUACUUGCAGCACUUCAUGUGCAUUGAAUAUAGAAAUCCCAUGUCGAGCUUUUCCGGAACGGGUCGGUCUACGAAUUCUCAAUGUCGCUUGAAAGGGUUCGUUACCGUUUAGAACAGACUAUUAUUUCGGUGGUCGAAAAAAACGAACAAUCUUAAUGAGCAAAACUUCGAAGGUGAGGCUAACUGGUCGAAUGUUGUAAACUUUAAUCACAGGUACCCCAAGCGUACGAGUGAGAAUCAUUGUUGCGUAACAAAAAUAUUACAAUGGUUUGUACAGUCUGUAUGAGAAUUAAGGCGCUCGUUAUUAUAUAUAGUAAUAAAAAUACGCCAGAAUUUCUUUCCUUGUCUCCUUGUCUAGAUGUAUGGUGUUUUCUUAGAAUAUGUGCUCGUUCCAGGGCAAUUCCAGCGGGUUUUAGUUCAGCCGUUCUUUCUUAUAAAUUAUAUAUAAUUUCGUUUAUUUAUCAAUUCAGAAACGAUAUAAUAAGAAAAUAUCCCGAAGAAUACUCGACCGUCAAUAAAGUAGGCCGGAAUUGAAAAACCUUUAGCGAGAGGAAAUCCUGUUUCGUGUAGAAUUAAUUGCCUCCUAGAUCGCGAGCAGUAUUUUUUUCUUUUGUAACUGAGUCACAGUUGGAGUCGAGGGAGUAUAAUCAGAUUUUACUUUUUCGCUGGCCGAGCGUGGCUAAGAGGAAAGAAGGACGACCGCUCUCGGUCUUAUCGCAUCUUCAUUUCUUAUCUUAUCUCCAAGCAGGCGAGACUCAAUGGUGCUAAGAGCGUUCUUUCUUAUGUCAAAAACGCCUCUUGACAAAGUUUAAAUUAAAAAGAUGAGGUUUUUAAUAUAAUAAAAGGGGACUCAAAAAAGCUUCCAACAUAUUACCGUUAUUUUUUCUAAUUAAUACUGUUAAUUUUCCAAGACAAUUUUCCUGUCUUCACAUACAAUAUAUUUGUGAAAAAACAAAAAAGGUAAAAAAGACUGUAUGAAGAUGAAACUACAGCCUUAUGGUACAUUUUUGACUCAUUUAUAGACUAAUGCCAUGAUGGAACAAGUAAAGGAUCUCCCAACUUAUGACGUGAAAGCAGGUAUAUAUAUAUUGUUAUGUUAAAUUUAUUUAAUAUGAAAAAAAGUGAACGUUUAACGGUAAAGUGUUGUUUGCCUGUUACCAAAGCCACUUAACCUUAAUACUGGUUGUUGAAAGUUGAGACAGAUGAGUGUUGGAUAAUGAAUGCAGUGUUAUCUGAAAAAUAUAAUUAUUUUUAUAUUUUACUUUAUCAUUGAAAAUGGAAUUUCUAAUCAAUUCUCCAAUUUAUAGAGAUGGCUCUAAUAGGCGUUUGUUGCGCAGUAAACGUUGAAUGCUAAGAUGAAUUCGAUGCGUGGUAUAAGGGCGAAGAAUCACUUAUGUAAAUAAAACGAUAAUCUGAAAAGUGCUAUAAAAGACUGCUAAGAACUCUAAAUGUACAACGAGGCCAGUGCAGUUAAUGAAUAUAUUUCAUUUAAAACGUUACAUUAAGGUGACUCGGCCCAGUUUUUUUCGAGGGGUACCAUCCUACUUUGAAGCUCUCUGGUAUCCCCACCUUUACUUUUAUCGUAAGUCUAACAUAGAAUGGAUAACAUAUAGAUCAAUCUACAAUAUAACAUAAAGUUUUGGCGAUCGGAGUAAAUGUCACGUGGUUAUAAUGCCGCGCCCCUUUGAGGUCUGAGUCGAAAAUCUGCUGUUGCCGGCAUUUUUUCGUGAAAAUCUCUCGGCUACACAUAGUGCGCAUUAGUGCCUUGCGCUGAACAGAGUUUCACUAAAAUCGCAAAGACUCAAUUCGAGAAAUUCAGAGGUUUCCAAAUUUAGGUCAUAAUUUAUGCGAAAACGAUAAGCAAACUUUACACGGAUUAUAUCUAAUAAACUAUGAGAUUCAUCUCUUUAUUUUGGACAUCGUUAUAACAGAUGGGUCCUUGCAAGUCAGCAAAACGCUUUAGGGCCUUGUAAAUGCGCGCGAUUUCGAGCAAAGCAAACAUAUAGAAAUUAUAGUUUUCGCUAUUUGUUGACGUUUGUCAGCGUUUAAGAGUCCUUCUCACGAAAAAAGCAUUUUCUUAAAAAUUCGUAGUUUUUUUUCCUUCAAUUUUUUUCAGGGCCACAAUUGAUUAACUAACUACCCGGACUCUGAAUUUCAUGGUCAUUGAAAAACUGUGACAUUAUCUUCUAUAAGCCCAAACUUGAGUAAACAUUGAAGAUUUUUAGCGUUUUGGCUGAGUUUGUGCUUUGGGAGUUGUCUAUUGUUUCUAGUCUGUCAUUAUACAGCAUUCUUGUUCAGCACGCGUGCAAUGACCGCGCUUGGCUGACUUCCGAAUGCUCACCGAGAUAUGAUAAUUUUGGUACAGUGAGACAGGCCAUCGCGUGAUACAUAGAGGUUUAAUUCACAAUUUUUAAUCAAUUCUCGUGCUUCUUGUGCCUUUGCAAAAAAAUCAAGAAGUGCUACACACUAAAUCUACUUACUAUUAAAAAAAUAUCAUUUUUUCAUAGGUUUAAUGCAAGCCAAUAAUUAAACCAACUCGUGACGGGAAUAUCUCGGUGAGCAUUCGGAAGUCAGCCAAGCGUGGUCAUUGCACGCGUGCUGAACAAGAAUGCUGUAUAAUGACAGACUCACGAUAAAACUAAAGGUGGGGAUACCAGAGAGCUUCAAACUAGGAUGGUACCCCCCAAAAAAAACUGGGUCGAGUCACCUUAAAUUACUGCUCAGAGUGAUCUAAAAAUCUAUUUAUUCAUUGACUUCAUUUAUCGAUCCUGGGAGGGAAGGCGCGUUUCCAUGGAAAUGGUUGGUUAAGUCUUCGUGCCAGUAUGACGUCAUGUCUUGCUUCACACUUUCAAAACGGCGCCUGAUGAUGUAAACGAAAGGGAUUGCUAAAAAUGUAGAAUUUUUAAAGAAUAUUCUUAUCGGAUUGCGUAGAUUUGUGAGUUUUAUAUUUUGAUUGUUAUGAACACUUAGUUUUUAGUCCUUUGUCAAACAAACCUUUCAAAGGAGUGGCCAACUUUAACGAAAGUUUCGGUCAUGCCAAAGCAUCAACUGGUGCAACUUUCGAGGCCAGUGCACGGUGAAGUAUUGAUUUUUACGCACAGCAAUAGGAGAUUCAGCUUCGCCAUGUUUGGUCCUUCAUAUCUAUCCCCUCAAAGUUUAGUGAUAGUUGGUGUGCAGAGAGUGUACGUAGUUGAGUCUGAACGUCAUGCUUUGGAUUGCCACUCUUGCUGGUAGGUGUUAAUGAUACGUAUUCAUUCUUUUCCAGCAUUGUACAGUCCAGAAAAGUUACCGUAAGGUCCUAACUAUUCUUUACGGAAGCCAUUGUUGCAUGAAGCAAGGCUAUUUUCUUGCUAAUGCUAGUCCUGCCCUGGAAGCUGCUGUACAAAAUUGCAAACAAUCUUGUGGAAACUGACUAUUGCCUUGUUUGGGUCGAUGUAAAAUUCAUUGCAGUGUCCUAUGCGAAGCCUGGCACACCAAAAAAUGCAAAUUCAAUAUUUAAGCUUUCCAGUGUGUGCUUAUCUUCCAAAAAUCUACUUCAAUAUAUUUUUUCGUCCUCUAGGUAGCAGCCAGCUGUGAACAUUCCUGUAAUUUUUGUUACUGACAAUUUUUAGCGGAGCUCUCGCGGGCGAGAAGCGCGCGCAGCGGAGCACCAAAGGGUAAGAAAAUUUGGUUAUCUGUGCAUCCAAGAAAUUUUAGUUCUGAAAAAAUCGUCCGUACGUCCGUACGUGUGUCCACCACUUCAUGUAAGCCUGAGUGAAAUUUUGCAUUUCAAGACAAAAAUAAUAACAACAGAUCAAGAGCCGAUUUUUUGACGUGGAUAAGAGGGAAAGAGCUAGAGCGAGAGACAAAAAACAAGGGGGACCAAUUUCGUUGGAAGAAUAACAUGAAAAUUUUAUAACAGCGGUGAGAAGACGAGAAAUGCUAGCAGCCACCAAGGUGAAAAUGAGUGGUAGCAAAAAAAAGUGAAAAGGAAAACAUAUGCAACAUUUAACUAGGAAGUGUCUGAAAGAUUCACGUUGUAGUCGUGCAAAACAACGGCAAAGAAAUGUACAAAAAAAGUGUGCUGCACGUGCAAAGUUUUAUUUGCUAAAUAAAUUAGACCUACUAAUGUUUCUGGCUGUUUUCGUUGUCGCCGCCGCUUAACAUUACACGAUUUUAUAUUUAAUGUGUGAGUAAACUAUAGUUAUUAACGAGCACUUCGCUUUUAGCCCUGUCUAAAUCUAUACAUUAUUUCUCGUAAGUCUCAACAAUUUUUGGAUGGAAUUGAUACUUCCUGUGUAUGGUUAAUUAAUGGUUUUCGUUGUGCGACUGACAAGUCUGUGGUAAGUGUAACAAUCUAAGGUAUAGUCUGAGCUUUCUAGUGUGAACUCAUCUUCCAUUUUCACAAACGUUUUCUUAAAAAACGAAGCCUUGCAUAAUAUAUACAUGCAGCAUGUUACAUUCACUGAACAAGUCCACCCUCAUAAAUUUAAUUGUGAAAAAUCAGUUUUAUUUUCCCUUCUUCAUGAACAUCUCUAGCAAACUAUAUUUUAAGAUAAAAAGCUUUUUGUCUUUGUAUUUCCUUUCGCAGGGAAUUUCACCAGAAAGUCACAUCAUUUCUGUCUCCAUACUGUAAAAAUAUUGCUAUUUAGGAUUUUUGAUUGAUUUUAUACUUUGCAGGCUUUUACAAUAGUGUUUUAUUAGUAUCAUACACCUUAAUUAAAGAUCUAACAUGUUCCUAAAUCACCGGGUCAUGGGUGGUAGAUUUUGUUUUAUUCCUCCCAUGAAGACUAUCAAAUUUAAUACCUUCACCAGAUUUGUUAUUUUGGGCAUAGUUAGGGGAGGAGAAUGGCUAUGAAGGGUGGAAAACACGAAAGAUAAGAACAACGGUGCUUCAGUUUAUGUUCAUGGAAGCUCACUGACGGCUGGUGCACAGUCCUUUGUUUUCUGUUCCAAAUUAUGACUGACAAUUUUAUUGGACAAUAAGAUGAAAACAAAAGGAAUGCUAUCGAACGUUGUGCACCGUCAGAUCCAAAAAGCUAACAAAAACAUUUAAUAAAGGAGUCUGACGGGCUUUGGAACCUGUCCACUCUAUUAACUUUGUUUUGGGUCACUAUUUUCAAAUCCCUAAAACUAAGGAAUUAAUACAUACCUCCAGCUGAAUGUCCAUCCCUAUGACAAUCACUGUUAAUGUGUUAUAAAUUAACAUAAAUCGGUUGUUAAGUAAAAAUUAGAGUUAAUCAGUAAUCUUUUGUCAGGGCUAAUUCCAUAAUGGGAAAAAAAAUGGGCCAGAGAAAGUAUUGUUAUUGGCGUGCACUGAAAACUAAGUAAACUGGAAACGAAUGGAUCCUAACCCUAGUCUGAUUUGUACUUAAGUUUAUUAAGACACUUUUCAUAAGAUACGUGUUAUCAUAAUAAUGGAAAUAAAAACAUGACAGUUGACUCUGCACUAGAGAUUAUUUUGAUCAUCGCUAGGCAUUUAAGCAAGUCCUAUUAACGGAAGACAAGUUCAGUAACCAAGAAGAGUGUUAAAGCAAGUCUAGCUAAAACAUGAGGAGGAUCGAGGACCUGUCAAGUGUUUUUAGACUUGAUGCAACAUACUCUUGAAUGAACGAAUGAACCAAUGAAUGAAUGAAUGAAUGAAUGAAUGAGUGAGUGAGUGAGUGAGUGAGUGAGUGAGUGAGUGAGUGAAUGAGUGAGUGAGUGAGUGAGUGAGUGAGUGAGUGAGUGAAUGAAUGAAUGAAUGAAUGAAUGAAUGAAUGAACAACUUUAUUAACGAGUCAAAAUCUUCUAGCUGGCCAUAAGUCGCCUAAACACAAAUCCACCAAGAAUUUACGUAAUAUCUAAGCGUUAGAUAACCUCUAAACGCUUAUGCAGACAGAAGAAUAAGAUCACAAAACUCACUCUUCCUCUAUCAGAUUAGCGAUCAAUAGCGAUAUUAGCCUUAGCUUCGUGUUUUUCUCCUUCCUCUGUGAUGCGUUCUCUUUGCUCGCAAGGCACGCGAAAAUCUUAACAGUUGCUUUGUGACGUCAGACUGGUAGGCAGAGUUUGUCAAGAAAUGUAAUCAAAAGACAAUAGAGUGCUGAUGCCAAAAAUUGACAGAGCACAUAAAAAUUAUCUUACACCCGAAAUUUGAGGGGAAACGCAUUUAAGGGAGAUAUUUUAUGGCACUUUGAUUUUUCAACAAAGUAGUAUCAUUUGUAUUGGCCGCCAUGAUGGAGGGCAUACUCUUGCCCUCCAAUAUGGCGGCCAAAACUUCUUUUUGCUUAGAUCUUGUUAAACGUUUGAUAGUUACGCUCAGAUGUGCUGUAAACGUUCCCACAUCAACUUUUCAACAUUCUCCUUGAAGUUUAAGAGCAAAAUUUGUGUUCAGAAAGAGUUAAUUCACAAUUUCAAAAAUCACAUUUUGGUCACGUGACCAACUACGAACUUACUCAUUUUAAGAAAAUGGUGCAGGUUUGAAAAACAAAAUCACUAUUAUUUUGUUCAAGACAUGACCCACUAAUCGUUUUUUGAAGAAAAAAAAUCAUAUAACUUUCACUUUCAUAAAAACAAUGUCACAUGACCUCUUAGUGCAAAUGGCCUAUUAUUGAUCCUCAUGAGUCUUUACUUGCAUGGAGUAAAGAGCAGCUGAAAAAACAAUACAUAAACAAAUUUUCACUUUAAAAGGGUUCUUCGCUUUCGGAAAGUGUACGCUUGAAUUUCUAAGCUUUUGCAUGACACGGCAUUUACAUGGGGGAGGGGAGGGGCGAGAGCGCUGUCGUGUAGGUUAAGAAGUGACUUAUUUUAGGGAAUUAUAUUUUUCUAUCUGAACAGUUAUUGUAUAGUUAGUUUGUGAGUUGCUCGAGAGAUGAUUUCACGCUUUCGUAGCAAAACUCAGUGACAAAUGUUUCUGUUGGUUUCCGGUUGCCAUGUUGGUGCCCAUCCGGAUGGACACCAACAAUUUGCGUCUCCAUACAAAGCUCUUAAAAAUUUGGGUAAAACAUUUCUCUGAAUAUCUCGCCUAUUAAAAGCUAAACUGACCUGAAUCCUAAUGGGGAUCUUUAUAUAGUUACCUCCUUUCAUUUCCCAGAUUCUGGACUGUGAAAAACAAUGUAAAAAAAUCGGUUUGGCAACGUGCAACGAACAGGUUUCACUGUCGACUAACUGUAUGAACCAAAUGAAAAAGUUUCAACCAAAAGUUUCUGCUUAUAGUUAUUAUUAAUAAUACUAAGCACAAGUGAGUCUAAUCUUUAUCAAAUAUUACAAUAAAACUUUAAUUUUUACACAACGUAUGGUAUUUUGAAGCUUUGGAUGCCUCAGGCUCGGGACGAAAACCUUCCGAUAAACAGACGACAACGAAUAAAGGUAUUUGUGUCUUUGUCUUCUCUUUCUUUCUAGUGUAGGUCACUGACUCAAAAGAAUGGCCAGCGACCCAUUUAUUGUCUCUUAAUUUUCCGAGAAUUACGUGCUAUGUUCCUUCACGCACUAGAAAACAAUUAUGCAAAGUAAUUUGCAAUCAGUCCUGCAAAUAAAAUGAAGCUUUUUUUUCAUUAUCUUCUCUGUGGAUCCUUGUUGAGAGAAAAUAUGUAUCUCUUUGGUUAUCAAAUUGAGACUGGGAUGACUCAUUUCACCCUGAACGAUACAAAAAGUAGGGGCAAGUGCAUAUCCAGAUUUAGUUUGGUGGGGGCGGGGGGGGAGGGAGGGGAGAGGCAAGCGAUAUGUAUCAGGCUAGCGAAUCAUAAGGCGCUGUAUAUGUUAUCCAAUAAUUGUGUAUAACCAUACAUUACUUUUUUAACUAUUAUUCAUUCAAAAUAUCUCGCCGUUUUUGAUUGGCUUUAAUACCUGGCUAAUUCUUCAAAACCAGCUGGCAAUGACCCAAAUUAGGAAGAUGCGAGCGAUAUACCAUCAAUUCGAUGCAAGAGAGGAUAAAGGGGACAGAGAAGGCAUCCCCCAUACACACCCUAUUCCAUAGGUAAUUCGUCUCGAGUUAUUUUUAGAAUCUGGAUAAAGUUACCUCGCGCGCUGCGUGGAUGUUUCGUGGAGGUUUCGCAUGACUAAACGCCGCGCAAAACAUGUCGGGCGAAAGGCAAUGAAAGCGUAAAGAGAUCGAGAGCAUUCCUGAAUAUUGAAGCGAAAUGUGUCGGCGCUCACCUGGAAAAAGGGAAUCGCUGGGUUCUUUGACAACCCCCGAAGUCAGUUUAACUCGAAGUUGUCGUAUCCUCAGUGCUUUAAUAAAAUGAGAAAUCUCGCCUGUCUAUUGAAAGCGGUCGUUUGUACAAUAAAGCAAGAAGGACGCCAAGUGUUAUUUUUGUUGAAUAAUGAAAGACUAAUAAAAGAAUAAAUAUCAAACCAGAAAUUACUCUCUUCAAACUGUAAAUUAUAAAUGAUCCUGAGAGAAAAUUCAGUGUGUUAAGGAUUUCCCUGCUGUGCUGCUAGCUCUCUAAGAGAGGAAGGGCCAUUCUUUUUUAAUUUCCGUUUCGCUAACACAGCUUUAGCAGAAAUCUCUCUGUGAUCGUUUUCGUCAACAAGACGAAUAGCAAUAUCGCUCUCCGCGUCUUCCGCCAUUUUGUUCUGCGUCAAUUCUUGAAGGGCGCGUGGCUCUGAGCGUGGGUCAUCCACGGGCAACACAUUCGUGCUAUGUGAUUGGCUGUUGUCUAAUCCCCCUUGAGAUUUGUGGUGUUAAAAGUAACUCGAAACGAAUUACCUAUGGAAUAGGGUGUGUAUGGGGGAUGCCUUCUCUGUCCCCUUCAUCCUCUCUUGAUUCGAUGGUAUAUUGCUCCAUUAUAAAAUCACAGCCUCGUUUCCAGGCAGCAGCGCAGUAGUCUUGCUGUUUUAGCAUGUGUGAGCAAAAGAAAUCACGGCUAUCCGAAAUAGCCGAAACACUGACUCAAACUGAAAGGGGAGAAUGCAAGAAAAAAAUUGGAACAAUAUCACCCGAUGGCUGUCAUCUACUUUUUUAGGAGUAUCUGCGAAGGAAACAAACAUCUGUUCAUAUUAUGAAACUGUGCUGAGAAACAGUACAGGCAAUUGUUUUGAAGAAAAUUUAGGAGGAAAGGCUGUUUAAAACUUAGAAAUAUUUUGAAUGAAUAAUAAUGAUGAAUAAUAUAAUUAUUUAAUUCAGCGUUCGUGUGAUCUGAAGAAUUUUGCGGAUCGAUCUCGGAGGCUGUUCCACAGCCUCGAUGGGUAACAAGCCCCUUUAUCUGCAUAAUUCUUCACAUCAUACUCAGUCUCAUUUGAUAAUUGUGAAUUAUGUACAUGCAGUGAUAAAUAUAGAUAUUCAGAGAUUAGUUCCCCUUGCUAAACCAUCAUGAGUGGUAGCCUCGCAAUCAGUUCCGACACCACCAUGACACUGCGAUUAUUUUCAGCGUUUGGUGGUGCAAGACCUAAGCAAGGAAAGACGAACAGCGAAGCAAAGACAAUAAUAGACAGACAAGACACCAAAAAACGUAAGAUAAAAAAUGGAUUAGAAUGUUUUCAACCAUAGAUUUUCUACAGGAUGCCCAAGGGAGAAAUUAGAUUUUUAGGAUAACGACCAGUAAGUCGAAAAGUGAAAAUGACACCUUGCAAUUAACAAGAUUCCGUUUUAUGGCUGGAUAAAAGUGCAAUGGAAUGCUAUUUUAAAAUAUUCUCUUUAAUGAGCCUGCUCUUAAAAUUGAUGUUGCCUACAUGGUCAGCUAAUUUCGGUAUCCAUUUCGUUGCGAAGCAUCUUACUUUGUGUUGACGACAACAUUCUAACAAACUUAGCCAAUCAAAGAGCUCCCAAUUGUAUGAUGGAUACUAGACUGUUCACAGACCGCUAUUUUUUCGUUUGAUCGUCAGGAUCGAGCGCUUACCGGUUCGAGGUGCCAUCUUGGUUUCAUUGGUUUCACACGUACCGAGGGGACAUGUCGGGCGUCGGGAUUUAUAGUGGUCGGUCGCUUACCCCCAAACCUUAUCCAGUAGAAUUGACACUCACCCAAGAUGGACUCCCGUAACGCAAAGUCUUGAAUAUCGACGAUCUUAUGGAAGAAUAGGAGACUGUGAACAGUCUAGAUGGAGACAUCCCGUUCUCCUCACAAAUACAUAAUACAAAGGUGUUGUGAACUGAGGAAAAUAUUCUCAUUUCAUUUCAAAAUUUGUCAAAAGAAGAAAGAAGGAAAAAGAAAAGGAAAAGAUGGUGGUGAUAAGGGCUAGGCCGAUUCCAAGUUAUACCUGUUACUUCUCUAAUGGCUACGCAUCUUAUCCAUUUUUUAUAAAUUCCGCUCAGCAUUUUGGAAUAAAUGUAUUUUGACCUUCCACCCUGUAUGCUAUUGUAUCUAAAACUUCAUUUUUGUACAGAUGAUUAUAGAUGUAAGGGAUAAAUACAGGGUUUUCCUUCGACUAUCUUCAUAAUCUGGAACGUAAAUAAAGGUGUUGAUAAUUAUAAUUAUCAUUAUAAUCAUCAUUAUUCAGAACACAAGGGCGCCAUCCAUAAGAAGAGCUCUAACACGACAAGCAAGAAAGAAUCAGGUAUAUUAUUUAUGAAUAUGGACAAGUCGACCUGUUCUUCUGCUCCAUGUUAUGGCGAAGGCCCAUCCGUUAAGGAUAGCUCUAAGCAUUUAAAUGAUAGAAAUGUAUGCUUUCUCGAAGAUUAUGCAGCAUCAAAAUCCUUCCAAGAUUAUACUGAAGUUGCCUCAACCAGUGGGGGAGUCGAUGAUGAGAAUAAGGCUGUAUCUCAGUGGAAGACUCUAGAGAAUAUUUCUUUGCUUCAGAUUCAUAAAACUUUGGACUUAACAGGUUCAACCAAAGGUUACGAUCGAUCUAAAUCAACACAACGGAUCUACCCAGCUGACCUAAAAUCCAAAUUUCCUGUUCAAAUAUGCAAGCAGUAUGCAAGUGGGAUGGAGUGCAAAGAAGGUGGCACAUUUGUACAUGGCCGUGAGGAAUUGAAGCUGACAUGUACAAUGGAACGGGGAAGAGGUAAGCAAUAUUGGGCCGAAAUGUAAACUAUCCUCAGGCACAUAACACUUCCCAUUAUAUGGCAAAGCUAGUCUUAGGCAAAUCUGUGCUCUCUGAUUGGUUCUUUCUCGAUCGGGAUUUUGCAGUACGGUCGAAGGCAUGUAUUUUUGUUUUGGAGAAAAGCCGGCAAAUUCAAAAUUGAUGAAAAUUUGCAACCAAAACAGCGAAAAAAACGUGAAUAUUGCCAUUCUUCACAGCGAAACUACCAGAAAAAGCUAAAAAGAAGGAAAUUUUAGCUACAUUUCAAAGAUGCAUUGAUGAAGAAGACGAACAUUCUCAGAGCUAGUCUUAUUAUCCUCAAGAUCUGGAAACUUUUGAUGCAGAAACUGAAACAGACAUCACAGAAAGCCAGAAGGCCAUAGACGAUUUUAUCAACCUACAGAAAAGUGCAAACUCAAAAAAGAAGACGGCUACUGAUAUGAACACUCUUCUCCGCUACAUGGAAGCUAAUUGUACGAAAAAUGAGAAAAUUGAAAGCUUACCUGCGUCCGAGCUUGACCACCUAUUCUCGAAUGAAUGAUUUUCAAAUAAUCGGACACUUAGUUAUGCGCACAGGAUUAUGGGAUCGCCAGGGGGCAAACAUUGCAAGUCGCUACAAAGAAAUGUAAGGAGUGGAGUUGUUUCUCCGUUAAAGUAGCGUCUUUGGACAUAGAAUGCCACAUAUUGGUGCGUUGAAUUUGUAAGUUUUCGUGGGAUCAAUGCGAUGAAUUCUAUCGAUAAACACUCCUUCUUGCGAAGGUCGACUGUGAGAUCGAUUUACUGAAUUCGAAAGGUCUCGAAAUAUAUAGUACUAACUUACUUGGUGUAAAUGAGCGGGGAAUGACUCACUUAAGUCUUUCCAGUUGUAGCUACAUGUGCUGAUAUUUACGACGAGUGUAACUACUCUGGGCUCGGCGGCGAUCACAAUGUUGUGCCGGUUUGUGACAGCGAUGGAAGGUAAGUAUUGAUGUGUAACUUUAAAAACAAAAGCAUCUUCCCCAUCUUGGUAUGUUGAUUUCUUCUCGCCAAAAAUACGCGAGCAAAAUGUUUUUUCAUGAUCCAGAGUACCAAUAAGUUCUAAUGCCUUUUCCAACCACUUUGUGGGAGGAUAUAGAAUCUCUGAAUUUCGCACAUCAAUUUAUUUACCCAUUCACUGCUUUUGUAUCGGAGAUCUUACUCGUUUUACGGCAAUCUUUCGUACGAUUUCGACCUCAUCUACUCAUGUAUAAAUACCAUGUACUUUCCAUGGAAUAUUUCGUAGAUAUUACUUGGUUUAUACCCUAGAAAAGGAGGAUUUUUCAUUCUUACGGCCACGUACAUACCUUCGAUUGUUGUCUUGUCUUGACACAACCCGUACGGCGCUGAUCGCGGCCGAGCGUAGUUACACUCGUUGGAAACAUCACGACACGUAUUUAAAACUAAAAAGCUUAAAUGAGCUAAUCCCCCUACCUUGAUAGCUAAAUUUGCACUAUAUAUUUCGAGACCUUUUCUUCCUGUAUAGAUCACUGUGUAAAUUCUGUAAACAUAAAUUCACUGACAAAUUUCACACUCAACCUCACGCAAGGAGUGUUUGUCGGUAGAAUUUAUCGCAUUAAUCACACAAAAACUUGAAAUUUCAACACAUCAACAUUAGUCACCUCCGCUUCUCACAAAAUCACGACGAAAAUGCGUUAUUGUACGUCCAAAGACACUGCUUUUGUCGGAAAAACUACAUUACGCCACACAUUUCUUUGUAGCGACUCGCAAUGUUUGCCCCCUGUCGAUCCCAGAAUCCUGUGCGCAUAACAUGGGUCUCCGGAAUGCAAGCAGGAAAACCGGAGAAAAAAACGAGCCAGCAACAGUUUCCAAUAAACCGCAAGCUGCUCAGGCCAUCGAUGAAGACGAAGAGGAUGCCCUUUUUAAAGCAGCAGAAUUUGGCGACUCCAAUCCAGUUGCGCUUCAAAGAUUUGUGUAGUGGUUUUUAUCCGUACACUUCGGUUUCCGAGCAAGAGACUAUAUAAUAUAUCAGUCAAGCUAUCCGUCACUGUCUUCCAAAGCUGUAGUUUUUACAGGUGCAAACAAAGGAUCCAUCAGCGGGUGCACAUAAUUUCCAAAUAUUUCAUGGUAAUGUGAAAGUUGUCCAGAAUGAAAGGAAGGGUCAAAUUGUUAUAAUAAUAAUAAUAAUUAAAAAUUUAUAACGCACUUUUUCCAUGCAAAUAUGAUCAAAAGCGCGUGACAACAUGUAAAUGCUAAAAGAAAAUAAAAACUAAAAUGAGCAAAAUAAUUAAGGCCAAGAAUAAACAACGCUAAAAAUUAAAUAAAGAUAAAAAAAACACUAAAUAUAUUACAUAGUAGGUAAAAAAUUUACUUAUCAAAAGAUAGUCUAAAAAGAUGUGUUUUUAGUAAAGAUUUAAAACGUUCAAAAUUGUACUCAAGACGGAUGUGAAGGGGCAGAUUGUUCCAUAAAUUAGGGGCAGUAGAUGAAAAAGCACCAUCCCCUAAAGUCUUUUUCAGUUUUAAACUAGGAUACUUUAAGCUAAGACCGCUAGCUGAACGGAGAUUAUAGCGCGGCUGUUCUUUAAUAGCAAUCAAAUCGAUCAAGUAACCAGGUGCAUGACAGUAGAUAGCUUUAAAAGUACAAAGAUGUAUUUUAAAAUCAAUACGAAAUUUGACAGGAAGCCAAUGUAACGCACAUAGUACUGGUGUUAUGUGACUGUAGCGAGGGACAUUAGAUAUAAGCCGAACAGCUGCAUUCUGCAAGCGUUGCAGUUUAAGUAGAUGAGUAGAGGGUAAACCAAAUAGAAGGCUGUUGCAGUAAUCUGUUCGGCCAAUGAUAAAAGCAUGGACCAAAGUUCGUGCUGACUCCUGGGACAGAUAUUGUCGGAUACGCCGAAUAUUGUAUAAAUGGAAAAACCCAGAUUUACAAGUUUUGUGGAUCUGUUCCUGGAGAUUCAAGUUAGAAUCGAACCAUGUCCCUAAAUUUCUUGCCACAGUGACAGGAACAACGUCAAUGCUUCCUACGGUAAGGCAAUCAAUAUUUACUUUGGAAAGUUGUUGUUUUGUACCAAUCAACAUGAACUCAGUUUUGUCAUCAUUCAGUUUGAGCUUAUCCGUAAGCAUCCACGUACGAAUGUCCGAUAUACAGCGUUCCAUGGCAAUGACCGCAUCAGUCUGAUUAGUAGCUGUGUCAGGACUAAAUGACAGGUAAAGCUGAGUGUCAUCAGCAUAGGCAUGUGCUUCAGGUAGAUGGCAUUUGAUGACUUCAAACAGUUUGCUGGAAUAAAUGGUAAACAAUAAUGGCCCCAGACACGAUCCUUGUGGAACGCCAUAAGGUAGCUUAAAACUGUCAGAUGUAAAGCCAUUUAGCGAGACUCGUUGCGAUCUGUUGUUAAGAUAAGACGUAAACCAAUUAAGGGCGGUGCCAUUAAUGCCGAUACUUGACUUAAGACGAGCAAGCAGGAUAUUGUGGUCAACAGUGUCAAACGCUGCGCUCAAAUCUAGGAGAACUAGAAGAGUUACAUGCUUGCAACUCAUAUUCAUGAGAAUGUCAUUUUGUACCUUCAGUAGCGCUGUUUCUGUGCUGUGACCCUUUCGGUAGGCGGAUUGCGAGGUUAGAUAAAGGGCGAAUGGACUCAUACGACUGUGAAUUUGGUCGAAAACAGCGCGCUCUGUCAAUUUUGAUAUAAAGUCCAAGUUACUGACAGGGCCAAGGUUAUUCAACUGCGUCGGGUCUAAGCCAGGUUUCUUAAGGAUCGGAGUAACCAGAGCUUCUUUCCAUUCCUCAGAGAAAUGGCUGUAUGAUAGCGAAAGAUUUAUAAUUCGUGAAAUAACAGGCAACAGCACGUCAAGGCAGCCAACAACCAGAGAAGUUGGCAUCGGGUCCAACGGGCAGGACUUCUUAGCAGACUUACGGAUGAGCGCAGAGACGUCGUUUUCCGAGAGUGGUUGAAAGGAAUGAAAAGCAUGCGCAUCAUCUACUUCCUGAUCAGGAGGUAGCGCAUUGCGCGCGCUUGGAUCGAUACCUACGGCAUCAAUAUCAGAACGAAUUGUAUCUAUCUUCCGAACGAAAAAACCGCCGAUGUCAUUGGCUAGUUUUGAUUUGUCCUGAUAAUUAGGAAACGAAAACUCCUCUUUCUUAGCAAGGAGUUGUUUGGUAGCUCUGAAUAAUCUUUUAUGGUCUGUGCUAUUCUCAUCAAUAAAGUUAGUGUAAAAUGCCUGCCUGGCCUGGUUCAUAAGGUACGUCACGCGGUUUCUGUAAGACUUGAAAAUAUUCAAGUCAGACACAGAUCUCGUUCUCCUCCAGGUUCUCUCAGCCUUACGUCUCAAGCGCUUAGCGGCCUUUAUCUCGUCGUUGUAUCAAGGCACUGCAGGUCUAACUUUCACAGUCUUAGUCUUAAGUGGGGCAUGACAAUC